AUGGCCAAAAAAACGAAAAGUAACUCGAAAAAUUCGACUCCAGUGAAUGACGUACCAGUAGCUGCUGGUAAAAAGAAGGCAAAAGGAAAAAAGGGACAAGAACAAGAGCCAGAAGAUGACAAAAGGGCCAAGCAACAAAGUAAUAGAGCAAAGGUAACAUCCACAGCGAGCUGGACAGGUAAGUUACCUCACACAAUCUUACACGAAACUUGUCAGAAACGGAAAUGGAAUAAGGUAGAAUAUGAUAUGAAAAAAAUAGGUGAUAAGGGUUUCAUUGCCAUUGCAGUUUUGUCGUUUACUGACCCAAAGACAAAAGAAACAUUAACCACAAGAAUGAGCGAUCCGACGUAUGAUAAAGCUUCAGGAAAAGGCAUUGUUAUUCCUCAAGAAACUCCAGUUGAAGCUAGACACAUAGCUUCCACUAUUGCGCUAUAUCGCGUUGCAUAUAACACUAACCUGCACAUGAUGCUUCCGCCAAAUCAUAGAAAAACAUGGUACGCCCUCGAUGACUUUCGCAAGGACAACCUAAAAACGAACGAAAAGCGUAUAAACAAAUUAUUUGAUCUUGAUCCCUUCAAGACAAUGGUGGAAGAUAGGAAGCUCAAACUCCAACGUGAAAAGGACCAAGCUGCACAGAAUAACCAAGCACAGAAAGAACAAGUUGCACAAACUAUCCUAUCCAGCCAUAGCGGACUUUCUUCCUCCCGAAAGAAUCCGAAAGAGAGAAAAUCAACAUCCCAUAAACACUCACACAAUCCUUCAUUAGUACGGUUUCCAAAAAAAGUUUGGGAAAAUUCUAUAUUCGUCGACCUUGAUGAAUCUUCUAGACAACUGAUAGAAACCUCAUUGAAAGAAAAAAUUGAUUGGCAAAAUAAAAAAAUUACCCAUAACAAUAACACGAUCACUGAGGAUCGGGAAGAUCUUAAGGCAAAAUUGUUAACUUUACAAUUCAGGCCAAAGCACGUAGAGGAGGCCAUGCUUUAUAAAGAUCCAUUGUCUUUCUUAUUGUUUAACUUACCAGAAGAUGAUUUGCCACCAUUUUUUCAUAAGAAGAAAGGUGAUACAAAAAACAAGGUUGAAAUAUCGAAUCUACCCUUAUCGACUAGAAUGAUCAUUGAGCGUUUAACAGAAAUUGGCGUCUCCUCAGAUGAGGCUUUAUUGGCUUUACAACAAAAUGAUAUGAAUGAAAAUGAAGCAGCUGGGUUCUUGACGAGGGAAAAUUUACCAACUUUAAAUAACAAUACAAAUGAAACUGUAUCGGAAACAGAAUCUAUAGAAUGUUGGAAUCAAGAGCUAGAGAGCCUAGAAAGCAUUUAUGAGGGCUGCGUGAUGGACACCAAGGAAAAUUCUCACUACACGCUCAACUUAAUCGAAAAACUCAAGAUAAAAUUGAAAGUAUAUAGAACCAAAAAUUAUCCUGCAUCUUUGCCUGGAAUUGUAGUUUCAACUUUUGAUAAAAAUUACAAACUACCUGAUUAUAUUAAAAAGCAAAUACUAACCAAGUUAUUGCACUAUCUCCAAGAAGGCAAUCUAAUAGGUGAUAUGUUAGUAUAUCAUAUUUAUGAAUGGUUAAAAGACAAUAUAUUCGAGAUAAUUGAUAACCCUGGCCCAUUAGUUCCAGAAUUAGACUCGAAGAGUACAAUAAACAAGAGAAACAUUCCAAACGGUAAGAAAAAUACAAACAAUUCUAGUUCAAGAAAAUUUGUAAAGAAUACCAUCUCUGAAGACAUGCUUUGUGUUUUAAAGGAAGAAUAUAUAAAAAGGAUUAAAAGCCCUGAAUACAAAAAUAUGCAGUUAAUCAGAGAACAACUGCCUGCUUGGAAGAAGCAAAAAGUUAUUAUAGAUAUUAUCAAUAAAAAUGAGGUUGUAUUGAUUACUGGUGAAACAGGUUCGGGUAAAUCCACUCAAGUCGUUCAGUUUGUUUUAGAUUUCCUACAGAGGGAAGAAAGCGAUUUUGGUAAAACUAGAAUCGUAUGUACACAACCUAGAAGAAUCUCCGCUAUUGGGCUUGCUGAACGUGUUUCCGAUGAACGCUGUGUAGCUUGUGGUGAUGAGGUGGGUUACGUAAUAAGGGGUGUUAAUAAAACCAAAGCUUUCACACGGAUCAAGUUCAUGACCACGGGUGUUCUUGUUAGGUUGUUACAAAAUGCCAGGACGAUGUUGGAAGAUACAAUCGUUGUUAUUGAUGAAGUCCAUGAACGUUCCAUUGAUACGGAUUUGAUUGUGACAUUAAUGAAGAAUCUCCUACACAAAGUUCGUGGAAUGAAAAUUGUUCUAAUGAGUGCUACAGUCAACGUUGAUCUGUUCAAAAAAUUCUUUCCAGGAUUAGCAACAUGUCACAUCGAAGGACGUACUUUUCCUAUCACAGAUUAUUUCUUGGAAGAUAUUCUGGAUGACCUGGACUUCAAAAUCAAGAGAGAAAAGGCGUUAUAUUAUGGUGAUGAUGAUAACGCUGAUGAAAGAAGUAAUGACGACCAGUAUUUGAAGCCAAGGGCAGAUUCUAAGUUUUUUUCUUCUGGGCAAAUUAAUUAUGAUUUGCUUUGCCAAGUUGUAGAGCACGUAGAUAAACGCCUGAAAGAUGCUGACAACAACGGAUCCAUUAUCGUUUUCUUACCUGGUGUGGGCGAAAUUAAUAAGUGCUGCAAUUUGCUGGCUAAUAAAACAAAUGGAGUUGAUUUUAUAGUAUUGCCCUUGCAUUCAGCUCUAACUCCUGAGGACCAAAAAAGGGUAUUUAAAAAAUAUCACAGAAAGAGAAAAGUUGUUGUAUCUACAAAUAUUGCUGAAACUUCUAUUACUAUAGAUGACUGUGUCGCAACUAUUGACACUGGCCGUGCCAAAUCGAUGUUCUAUAAUCCAAAGGAUAAUACUACAAAACUGAUUGAGUCAUUUAUUUCAAAAGCUGAAGUUAAACAACGUAGAGGCCGUGCUGGUAGAGUGCGUGAAGGUUUAUCUUACAAGUUAUUUUCUAAAAAUUUGUACGAAAACGACAUGAUACCAAUGCCAAUCCCAGAAAUUAAAAGAAUCCCAUUAGAAUCGCUUUAUUUAUCUGUUAAAGCCAUGGGCGUAAAAGACGUUAAGGCGUUUUUGAGUACAGCUUUGGAUGCCCCUCCUUUGCCAGCUUUACAGAAGGCAGAAAGGAUCCUAACAACGGUAGGACUUGUAGAUGAGUUCGACAAGUCGCUCACACAACUAGGUCAAUUUAUCAGUUUGAUGCCUGUUAUGGAUAGUAAGCAUGGUAAAUUGCUAAUUUACGGUAUUUUGUUUGGUUGUACGGAUAUUUGUGUUUUACUUGUCUCGAUACUCGGUAUUGGAGCUUUGCCCUUUAUCGGAGGUUUUGAAAAUAGAGAAAAAAUAAAGAGGGUGCUAUGCAAAUAUGAAAGUCGUGGGGAUUUAUUCGCAGUAUUGGAAGUUGUCAAAGGUUACUUGAAAAUCAAAGAUCCAACCACCAAAAGAAAAUACUUGAGGGACCAUUUACUUUCCUAUAACAAAAUUAAUGAAAUCAAAUCAUCAAGAGCCCAAUACUAUUCUAUUUUGAAAGAUGUAGGCUUUCUACCGAUGGGUUAUAAAGCUGGAAACAUCUCUGAUUUGAAUAGAAACGAGCGAAAUUUUGAUAUCCUAAGGGCCAUUCUCACAGGAGCAUUCUAUCCACACGUAGCCAGGGUUCAGCUGCCAGAUGUAAAAUAUUUAUCAACAAGUUCUGGGGCAGUAGAAAAGGAUCCUGAAGCCAAAAUGAUCAAAUACUGGAUUAGAAGCGAAGAGUAUCAAGACAAAUUGGAAGAAUAUAAGACAAAUAAUUCGCAAGAAACGCAAAAAGUUGAUUUGGAAGAUUUGCCGUUACCUGCUACCAGGGCAUUCAUUCAUCCAAGUUCCGUUUUGUUUUCAACCAAUUCAGUAAACUUGGAAGACGCUAAAUUACUCUCUGAAAUAGAAGGUCCAAUUUCUCGUCAGUCCAAAAUACCAACCGUUGUAAGAUAUCCAUUUGUGUUGUUUACCACAUCUCAAGUUACUAACAAGUUGUAUUUGAGAGACUUAACCCCAACUACCACAUUGUCAUUACUAUUAUUCGGCGGGGCGAUCUCUUAUGAUAUUGGAGGUACUAUUCAUUCACCGGGCAUUAUUGUUGACAAUUGGCUCCCAAUUAGGACCUGGUGUAAGAAUGGUGUUUUGAUCAAGGAAUUGAGAACACAACUUGAUGAGGCCAUAAGAAAGAAGUUAGAAAGUCCCGAUUAUGCUAAAAAAUCUCAAAUUGAUAAUUCUGACGCUGAUAAAACUCUAAAAAUUGUUGAAAAAAUUGUAGCUUCCGAGCAAUAG